UAGGGUUUCAUGCUUCUCCCAGUAACGUAGCUACGGGGCACCCAGGGGAGGCCACGAUCCUCAAGAGAAACGUUUGGCCCCCCGGCACCCCUGAUGAGUAUAAGAAUGAAAGAAAAUGUUGAGUCAUACAGCAAGCAGGGGCUCUUUGUGGCGCUGGCACUCCGCAGAUGAGUUUGGCCCCAUCAAGGCGGCACCAUAGGCAGAGCCACGCCGCUGACUGUCCCUCGCCGUGUUUAGCGCGAGGAGAAGCAGGAACGAUGUUCCCUGCUUGUCCAUAUGCUCAUGAAACACGUGACAACUCCAAAACUGAGUGGAACUAAUCCAGCGGCGACUUGUGGGGACAUGUCAGGGGCGGCCAGCCACUCAGGCGUUGCAGCACUCGUGUCUUGCUUUCCAGGCUGGUCAGAUGGCGAGGCUCGUGGCCGCGUGGGCGGUGGCUUGGGCAGGAGUCUGCCUCACGGCGCCAGCGGAACUCACGAAGAUCCACGGCAGUCUGCUGAACGUUUGUACGACCAUGGGUCCGUCGCUGACCUACGAGCCGGUGAGCUACAAGCUGGCCGCUGCCUCGGAGGUCCUGUGUGCGGCGCUGUGCCUCGAGAAGGGCGCCCAAAGAUAUACUACAAGUGGCGCCUCCUGCACCCUGUACGGCGAGGCUCUCCUGGCGCCCUCAGCCGCCCACACCUUCCUCAGCUUCCCCUCGCCGGACGCGCUGGAGGAUGUGGCUACGGGCAAGCCGGCGUCUGGAAGCAGCGUACACAGGCAAGUGUUCCUGAGCAUGAUAAUACAUUGACGAUAGUUUUUGACAGCAUAAUUCAUACACAUAAGUGUUGCCAGACAAAUCUUGACAGCAUUUUGUUGACUCGUCUCAAAGAAGUCUUCUUGACAGUACUCCUAACUCAUUGGAAGUAUCUUAAAAGAUCUUUUCCUGAGGCACAAGUACACUUUGGCCGAACUGAGUUCACUGAGGGAAAAGGGGUGUGGCUCUCGGCCUCGGCCCCUCAAC